CUUCGAUAAAGCUUCGCAAGAAUCCAUUUCAUAUCCACAGUUUGUCCCCAUCACCACACCUACUGUGCUUUCUCAGAUUAUAACAUAGUAAAAAUGUUUAACGUUAUUGUUUGAGGGAUGAGAACUGUUUAUGAUGGGUAGUUAAAUGACCGUCCACAGUUUACUUUACGGCAAACAAGUGGAGCAUCUGGUUGAACAUUCUCCGUGUAAGUUAGUGAUGGCAAAAAUGGCACUUGUUCGGUGAACGCUGAAUAAUUAAACCAUUUCAUUGUGUUUUUGGAAGAAAAAUGACCGAUUGCCAAGUGUAACUUGUCCAAAUGAAUGAGUUGCGCAAAGCAGACAUAUCCUUAAAUGUUUAGCUGAGUAAAAAGGUGUACGAACCUAUUAACCUAAAGAUGGAUAAGGAGCCAUCAGGAUCCUCCAGCACAGGCUCCAGGAGUCCAGGAGGCUUCGGUCUGUUUGGAUCUGGCCCUCAGUAUUCAAAGACAGAGCUCUCUGGAGUGCCAUUGACAGGCAUGAGUCCUCUCUCUCCAUACCUUAACGUGGACCCCAAGUAUCUCUUACAGGAUACAGAUGAGUUCAUUUUACCCACUGGAGCAAAUAAAACAAGAGGACGCUUUGAGCUGGCCUUCUUCACUAUAGGAGGAUGCUGUAUCACAGGUGCUGUAUUUGGGGCUGUGAAUGGUCUUCGAAUGGGCUUGUCUGAAACCAGAAACAUGGCUUGGUCCAAACCUCGCAACGUACAAAUCCUGAAUAUGGUGACCCGCCAAGGUGCCACAUGGGCGAACACUUUGGGUUCAGUAGCUCUGCUGUACAGUGUAUUUGGGGUGGUCGUAGAGAAAGCCAGAGGGGCAGAGGACGACCUCAACACGAUUGUUGCGGGGACCAUGACUGGUGUCCUCUACAAAUCUCCAGGAGGUUUGCGGGGGGCAGCGCGAGGUGGGUUGGUCGGGCUGACGCUUUCUGGACUUUAUGCUCUCUACAACAACUGGGAGCACCUGAAGGGAAGCUCUCCUACACGCUACUGAGGCGCCUGUUAAGAUACUCAACAAAGCAGUCCAAAAAUUGUCAAUUUUUCAAAAUACCAAGCUUAAUUGAUUGCAUUUGCUAAGUAGCAAUGUCCAUCAACUUUACUGCUAAGAUGAGGUCAAGAAACUGCACCUGGAGGCUUCAAAUUCAUUCUGAAAUGUCAUCAGUUAUGAUUUGAGGAAUGUUUGCAACUAAUGAUUUAAACACUAUUUAAUUGAUUAAUGAAGCUUAAGUGUCCAUAAAUGUAACCGACAGUGUGUGUGUACAUUCAGCAGUCUAACAUUGAACCAUCUGUAAUUGAUUUUUCAAAACAGAUGACUUGAUGUUAACAAAAUGAAACAUUGCAUUAGAACUGGAUAAUGAGUGUUUACUAAAAUUCUUUGCUGUAAUAUUUGGUAAUUAUGAAUGUAUGUUAUUACAUGAAAUGAUAUUUGGGCACAUUGCCUUAUUCCAUCAGCAUUGUUAACAGACCCCAGAAUGUAUAUGUGCAACUGGAAGUAAAUGUCACUAAAAAUUAAAUCUGCGCUAUAAAAACCAUCUA